AUUAGAAUAAUACUUUACCCAUAGAUGGGUAAAGUAGUGUGUGGGUGGAGUGUACGGAAACCUAUGUAGGUCCUAUUCAUAUACUAGGCGUUAUAUUGGUGUUCAAAUUUUGUCAUUUAGUUAAUUUAACUGUGUAAUUGUACGCAAUAAAUUAAUCAUUUUCGAGUACGGUUACUUAACUACCAUGAAUAACUCCGCUGCAAAAGUUGGUGAGAUAUUCAGGGAGGCGGGGACAGCUUUCAACAAACUGUCGGAGAUGACAAUGCUGCUACACCCUAUGGGUGAUUCACAACCAGGUGGCAAAUGGACAGAGGAAGAAAUUGAAAUGCUGAGGUCCUGUGUUCAUCGCUUCGCCAUUGAUCUAAAUAAACUUAGCCAGCAUAUUAAAAACAGGACUGUUACGCAGAUACAGACGACUUUGAAGAAGAAGGCGUUCGAGGACGCAGGUAUACCGGUGAGGCAGGUAAGCAGCACGGUGACGAGUCACACGCAGCAAGUCCCGCAGGUAGUCCACCCACUCUGCGCCAUCAACCAGACGAGCGUGUUAGGAAAAAACGCCGAGGUGACGCUUAACAUGCUGAACGCUUCUGAGAACGAAGUAGACGUCGAAGGCCUCACUAGCGACGUCAAGCUCGAGUUCGACGGCAGUAACGACGAGGUGACUGCCUGAAACAUGCUUGGCCUCACCUUCUACUAAAACCGUUCCACGUAUCCUGCUCGAAGGACCAUGUGGUACGGUUUUCAGAGGCCUUUAUAUUGAACCAUAAAAACAAUGCUGACAUUAUUGUGGUAGCUCUAUAAACGUAUUUUUAAAUGUGUAUAAGGUAUGUUAGUGAAAAUCUGCUACACUAUAUUAUAAGGAAAAUUAAAUAGUAACAUUUUUUCAAUCAGUGACUUAGCUUUCAGUUGGUGUUCUAUAGAAAUAUAAAUGUUCAUUUUAUUUGAAUAUAAUUAUUUUCAUAGUUACAUUAUGAAAUAAAAGCUCGUGUACAUUUUACCACAAAAAUGGAACAAUUUUUUUUUGUUUUAACCUUUGACGACAUAAAUUGCCUUGGUUUAUAUUUAUAGAGUAUUUUGCGGCUAUUAAAAGGUAAGUUUCUGUAUUUGGAUGAUAUGUGAAUAAUUUAUUUCUCGUCCGCACAAUUAUAAUUACCUUGAUGUAACGUCUAUUACAUUUAUGAGUAUAGAUAUUACUAUGUUUAGAUUCAGUACUAUCAUAUCAUUUCAUUAUUCAUGGUUAUUCAUAACUAGUUAUGAAAUUUAUACCCACCAUCAUAUUAACCCACUAAACAUUGAAUCAUUAAAUUAUAGUAUCACUUCUCUGUAAAGUGUAAAUAAAUAGUCUAUUUUGUAAAACAUAUUAUAUUAGUUAAAUUAAUAUUUAAUUGAUUACAGUUCUAGUUAUUGUGUGAAGUUUUUGAUUCUUCACGUAGUAUCUUAAAAAUUAAUAUAAAUAAUCAUAAUGUGGUUAAUGUUACGUGUAAAUGUUAUAUCCAUUAAGAAUUCCUAAAUGCUAAGAAUCGAUGUUAAGUUAAUUUGCGUUGGGUCAUUUUUGGAGCUAGGAAUGCUUCCACGUUUAAUGUUCGUUCACUGCAAAACAAUAAUAAAUUAAGAAUGAAUCUAUCAAUUAUGACAUCCAAACACAAUUAAAUAAUGGAAGUGUCUAUUCGUCCGGACUAUCGAACGAUAAAAAUAAUUUUAAAAACACAUAAAGUAAUAUUAGUGAACGGUCUCCACUUUAAGACUUAAAAGCCUUUCAAGUUUAUUAUUUUGUUGGGACUUUACAACUAAAUACAAAAAAAAUAUCCGAUUUCCGGACGAUUAACGACAAGCUUAAAUAAUGGCAACUUGCAAAUUCUAGCUCAUCGUAAAUCUUUUUAAUCCUUUUAGAUCAAAUUUACUACUCAUAUUAUUAAAUUCUUAAAUAUUAAAUUAAAGAUAAGUGAUUAUUCUUUAUAUAUGAUAAUAUUUCUCGUAUAUUUAUUUAGGAAUAGUGCAUAAACAGUAGCUAUAAAAUAAAUAUUGUUUUUAUUUAUAGCUGUAAGCCGCAGAUGUUACAUUCUAGAACCUGCAUUGUUAAUUGUCAGUCCACGGUGCCUUAUCUUUUUAAAUGGCACACCACUAUAGCCUUAAUUGCAUUAUACAUAAACAGAAAUAGCGUCUGUAUUUUAGUCUGUUUAAUCACAUGUAUGUCGUAUGAAUUACUUGUAUUCUAGUGUUUAGUAACGUAAAGGCGUAAUCGCCAAUAUAAGUUUCAAGCGGAGUGCAUAAAAUUCGAAUAUUGUUUAGGAGAAUCGCUUUGUGAUUCGAAUAGCGAUUUAGAUGGGUAAUGAAUAAGUAGAAAGCAUAGCGAUAUUAUACGUAUUAAUUAUAUGAUUGUAGCGUUAAGUGUUUUUUAAUCUGUCAGUAUUAUUGGUAUUUAUCGGAAAGUAUAGAAUUUGUUUGAUUCGCAUUUAUUGCGUAGAUUUAAAAAUCAUUCUAUAGUUCGUUCGAUUUUCAAUGGUUUUUAUUUUUGCAAAGAAAAUUUUACUACAAUACUCGGCCGUGAGCAUUCAACAUAGAGUUUUAUAAAGAAGCUCAGCUAUUAAUAUAAUCCUCUAAUUUAAAUCUAAAUAAAGACCAGAUUUAUAAAAUAGAUAUUUAACCACUCUAUAACAUAGGUUUUUCAUUAAGAGAGCUCGAACUUUAAAAUGAAAUAAAACAACAUGUGUAAGUGACAUUGCCACAAUUUUUAUUUUAUUUUAAAUGCAUUCGAAGAUAUAAUGCAUAGAAUAUAAUUUCAGUCAAAUAGCAGCUGCGACUCCGCUGUAGGUGGUAUCCUGCUGGACCAAUUUUGGACGACAUCUUCGCAUAAAUGGGACUCAAUUUCAUGAAGAACACGAGUUAUGGUGGCCUUCAGGGUGGUAAUUGCUUGUGGUUUGUCUGCAUAGACCAGAGAUUUUACGUAGCCCCACAGAGAGUGACUACUCUUGUGUCGGUCGGUGCGGGCCAAUUGAUGUCGCCACCACGCGAGUUGACGAAGCCCUUGAACUUAUCAUCCAAUAAAUUCAAUGUGUCCUGUAUAGCAAGUGGCGCCGUCCUGUUGGAAUCACAAGUUUGUGAGGUCCAUACCAUCUAUUCUAGGUCAAAGUCUAACAAAAGGUCGUUAGUAAAUUAAAAAUGACGCUGUAUAUAUAACGUCAAAGACAUCUCCAAUGAUCUUGGCAUGCGAGGUUUAUGUAGUGCUUAAAGAUAUAUAGAAUUUGGAUUUUAGUUUCAUCAAGCUAGUAAAUAGUUUGAAAGAUAUAAGAUAAUAAUAC